AAGGUGAAAAUAUUAAACGUCAUCAGCGUGCUGCCAGUUGUAUUUUCGACCAGAAGGAGAAAUGGCUGCAAGGUUACUGCUCCGAUCGUCCAUUAGGGCCGCUACAACUUGCCGGGCCGCACCGGUCCCUAUUCUCACCCGCGGCAUGGCUGCUGGAGGCAUCCCCACCGACGAGGAGCAGGCCACUGGUCUGGAGAAGAUCGUUAUGAAGGCUGCCCAACAGGGCGCGGACCCCUACAGCAUGCUGAAACCCAAGGAGUAUGCUGGCUCCAAGGCUGACCCUCAUCUGGUGCCCUCCGUCACCACAAAGAGGAUUGUGGGCUGUGUCUGUGAGGAGGAUAACACAGCAGUGGUGUGGUUCUGGCUCCAUCAGGGCGAGGCUCAGCGCUGUCCCUCCUGUGGCUCCCACUACAAACUGAUGCCCCACGAGCUGCCACACUAAAAUAUAUAUAUACACCCUUUCUCUAUUAUAUACAUACACACCACCAAAAAAAAACACACCUAUUCCCUUACAUUCACUUUGAAAGAUUCCAGCUUCUUUAGAAUGGGGUGAAGUGGGGUUAGACAGUGAUGUCAGAAAUCACAAUGCUCUUUCAGGAAGUGUAUUUGCACUGGGAGUAGGGGUCUCUAAAUUAGAACGUUGUGCUCUGUGCACUUUCUGGAUUCCUUUUUAUGAUUUCUUUGCUGUCCAAUUCUUCUUUAUCUCAUCCUAGAGUCUACUUGAUGAUCUAACCUCAAUGUCGGUCUGUGCUUACAGUGCCAGUUAUUGUUUUAAAAGUACCAAAAGCCUAGGCUUUACGGUGUGGGACACAAUGUUAUUGUUCAAGCAAUUCUAUUCAAACAGCAGUUUUACGUUGACGUCUGUACUGUACAAUGUUACACUUGGUCCAGUUUACCCCUCUUAUCAAACCAAUAAACUCUUUAACUCCU